AUGUUGACAAUAAAAAAUCAGAGAUUUGUUGAAACUUCAAAUGCAAUGAAGACUGAUUUGAAUAUGAUUAAAUCUCUUAAUUCUGUAACUAAAAUAAAUAAUGUUAGAAUUCGUCAAGUUAAAGCUUUUGAAAUUCCAUAUAUAUCUGAUUUUAAUUCUUUGGGUAAUGUAAUUCUUUUAGACAGUUGUCUACCAACGAAUAAUUCUAAAUCUCAUUCUGAUACAAAUUCCGUUAAAAUUAAUUGUGAAGUCAAAUCAAAUAAAAAUGAGGAUGAAGAAAUUGACCCAGUUACAGGUUGUCGCUUAGUUGGAGAUCCAUUGAAAUUUGAGUUUUUAACAUUAGAUAAAUUGGCUUCACUUGAUUCUUCGGAUGAAAGUAUGGCUGAUAUUUCUAUUGGAGUUGAACGUUGUAACAAAUUUGAAUUAGAUUUUAAUCCUUUGUCUAAAGAAAACUUUAUUUCUGUGGAGAAAGCUAUGUGUGAUAUUAAGAAUCAAAUUCCAAGAAAUGAUGAUGUUGCAGUAUUAGCUAUUUUUGAUUGUGAUAAUUCCAACAAAACUGCCUCUUUUAUAAGUGGUAGUCAAAUUAUCAAUCAAGGAAAAGGCAUAAAAAUGAUUGAAGCAAAGUUUUUGGGAAGUGGAAAAGUUUUAAAUAACAAUUUGUUAACAGUUUUUGAAAUAGAUCAACAUCCAAAGUCUCAGUUUUUUGCUGAAUGUGAAUAUGAAGUUAUUCCUGCUGUUAAGGCAACCGAAAUUGAUUCACCUGCUCGUGUUUCUUGUGAAUUUUCUGUUAUUGGUUAUUGGAAUCCCCCGUCAAUAAAAACUAUUCCUUCUCAUCCUGAGGAUUUGUCUCAUAUGACUGUAAACUUUGUCUCCGGUUGGUAUGAUCGUCGUGUAUUUAAUAUUGAAAAAACUUACACACUUCACUUUAUUUUAUACAUUGUUGAAAAUUUGGAUAAAGGUUUGUCUAUAUUUAAGGAUGAAAUAAAUGAAGAAAUUGAAAAUGAUAUUGGAACAUGGUUGAAGUGUAGUAGUGCUCUUAAUUCAGUAAAAGUAGAUAGUAGAGAAUUGGACUUUACAGAACAAUUGUGGAUAAGAAUCAAAGGAAUCACCAGUAUUCGUAGUCUUCAAAAUGUUUUAAAGAAUAUUUGUCAAAAAAUUUCUACUGAAAAUUUUAAACCAUAUGUUCAUCAAAAUAACAAUUCAACAAUUGGUACAUUACUUAGGGAUCCAUUAUACUUCAAAAGACUUUAUGGUUUACUCUCCACAUGGGAGUCAUUACAAUCAACAAAAGCAUUUGUUGAAAUUGGCUUUGAAUAUGUUUUCAGAGAGAUUAUAUAUGAAUUUAAUGAGCUUGGUCUUACAUUGGAAAAGAAUGGAAAAUCAUUGUAUGAUGAUGUUUUAAGUGAAGCUGAUAUUGUAAAAAAAAUUAACUAUACUUUUCCAUUUUUCUUGGCUCUCCAAUUUAGUAAACUUAUUCUAAAGACUAUUUGCGAUAUUUCAACUCAAAAUUUGUGUCGUUUGGUCAUUGCACUUAUUAAUAAAUAUAAGAAAAUGUCCGUUCAAGAAAUGUUUUCAUAUUGUUAUUCUUUUCAAAUUUCACAUGAAGAUGGAUGUCAUUUCAGAUUCUAUGAUAAAGCUGUUGAACCAGAUAUUUGGAAGUGUAAAUCCGUGUUCACAGAUCCAUUUUUUUGUGGAAGAAAAGUUACCAAUGUUAUAAAACUUCAAAAACACAAUGAUCUUGAUAUGUUGAAUGAGGGUUGUUCUUUAGUUAGUGGAAGUAAUGAAAAAUAUCUUAUAACGGAAAAAGAAGAAGAAAAAUUGUCAAUGUAUUAUGGUACUUUUACUACUAUUGAUGAGAUACCUCUUACUUUUUUUUAA